CAAUAUUUAAUAUUGCGCUAAAAUUAUGUUUUAAAAUGGCAAGCGAAUGUGCAGUCGGUUGUGUGGAUGCAGUUGUUAAUAGCGUGAAGCGCAAAUUCAACUGUAUUAAACAAUUCUGGCAUCGUUAUCUACUUGUUGAGCCAGUAUUGAUUUUAUUUUGGGCACCCACUUUAUUCACAUUUGACAAGUUUGUGACACACAAGGCAUGUCGCUUUAGUCUUGGCUACAACGAAGCUAUAUGCUCUGCCGUGGUAUACGAAAACGAUUAUGUCAGUGAUUGUAUUCCAUAUAACGUGGCAAAAAAAACAAUAAUAACACAAGGUCCUUCAGCUGAAGAGUUAUUUGUAGAUGUCUGCUCGCCCCAUUUCAAUUUUGCCGUUUGUAAAGCUGGAGAUCAGGCACAAAAACUGAUAAACAAUGUAUAUUUAAAUACUUUACCGAUAGUCUCCGUAAUUCCCUAUAUUAUAUUAAUGUUUGCUGGAGGCUGGGCAGAUCGCUAUAAUAAGCGUAAGGCGUUCUUGAUAUUGCCGAUUUUAGGCAGAUGUCUAUAUUAUAUAGUUCAGCUCACAUCGUCGAUAUUCUAUGAGAGUCUGCCUUUCCAAUUGAGUUGGUAUUUCGCAAUAAUACCUUCAGUUUUAGGCGGUGUUCCAUGUUUUCUGAUGUCUGCGUUUAGUUAUAUAACAAUAACAACACCAGAAAGUGAUCGAGUCCUACGCAUCGGUAUACUUUCAGUAUUUGCUCUACUUACAAACUUUCUAAGUGGUAUCAUUGGGCAUCUCAUUAAUUCUGAGUUUUCAAAAUACUUUGGAAUUUGUGUGGGUCUGGAAAUCGCUGCUAUACUUUACAUUAUAUUGUUUAUAAAGGAGCCCAAGUCAAAUGAAAGUGUUUCUGAACUCAAUGAUUCCGCUGGAGACAUUCAGUUAACAAAUUUGGGAGAGAACGUCACGAAUAUUGAAUCAUCACCUGAACCUCCUCGACGUAAUGUGUUUAAAGAAUUCUUUGAUCCGAUGUUGGCGAUAGAACUCAUCAUAUUACCUUUUAAGAGACGACCCAAUAAUGAUAGACUUCUAUUGCUGCUAUUAAUUUUGUGUUACUUUCUAACUGCGGGACCUGUAGAAAGUGAAACCAAAUAUAUGGAUUUUCAACUCUUAAAUAGACUCGAGUGGAAUGAGAAUUUGCAACAUUACUACAGAUUGAUGAAAUUUGGAAUGUCAAUUAACUUAACCUUUUUUGGAAUUAUAGCUUUUACUAAAAUUUGGAAAUUCUCUGAUUCCAUAGUUGGAAUCUCCGAUUCCCUAAUUGGAAUCUUGUUUGCUGUCUUUGUUGUUGUGUCUCGCGUUCUAUUUUACUUUGCAGGCGAAACUUCAACCGUUUACUAUGCUGGAGUGUUCGAUUUGUCUUUAAUUCUACGUUUAAUACCAAUUAAAUCCUUGGCAUCAAUUCUUAAUGAAGGCGAUGGAAAAUUAUUUUCCUUUUUCGGAAUCUUGGAAGCAGUUGCUGUUCUCCCAUUUCAUCCCAUAUAUGAUGCGUUCGUUGAUGCCACUGGAAAUUCGUAUUUUACGCUCGUCUUUCUCUUCAGCGAAGCUUUUUACGUACCAAAUGUGCUCAUUUUUAUCGCUUGCUAUUUUCUAAUGCGCCGCCGUAACUCAAACUUGGCACAACAAGACAGCACCGAAUAUCUAUAAUCAAAUCUUGUUAAAUCUUACAAAUGCAUUUCUGUUGGUUUAAUUUUUUAUUAGUUUAUGUAAGGAGAGU